AUGGCGAGGGCGCACCUGGGGGAGAGGAGAGGCCGUGGCCAGGCCGCAGUGCUCAUCGUGCUGCUGGCGGUGCUGGCGGGCGUCUUCGUCUGGAAAUUCUCCAUUGUGGCCGAUCCGAUACGGCAGGCAGUACAGGACUUGGGGCUGUCGGCGGAGGAGGACAGCGAGAGUGGCGACCCCGUCAGCGGCGGCGGCUACGACGGCGGCCUUGCCAAGGAGGGCCUGCACAUAGCAGACCGGUUGCAGCGGCGGCCGCGCCCUCCUAUCGCCAAGCCCGACCCGAGCGUGGUGGAGGAGCGGUGCGGCUGCGCACUGGGCGACUGGUGCGGGCGGUACGAGGCGCAGACGCCCAUUCCCGCCAAGGCGCCGCCGCUCGGCGACCGCCAGUGCCUGUGGGGCAACGACACCACCGCGCAGUGCAACUGGGUCGGCGUGUGCGAUGGCAUGAUGGGGUGGUGCCGCUGCCCCGCCGGCUGGAACGGCGACGACUGCAGCCGGCGCAUGCGGCGGCCGUGCAGCCAGGCGUGGCGGACGGCGGGGUUUGAGCCGUACCAGGAGCCCACAGACCCGGGCAAGUGGGGCCUCACCCUGGCCUGUACCGACUACUGCGACCAAGACAUAGCCCACUGCUACUGCAAUGAAACCUUCGCCUACGGCCGCAUCCCAGCAGACCCCGGGGACAGGCCAGGCACGCCGCCCAAGCGCCCCGGCCGCCCCAUUGCCCACUACUGCCGCCGCAACACGGGCUGGGAUGGCAAGAAGAGCGACUUUGGGGCGGUCAACCCCGAGCUGCUGUACGGGGACAAGGGGUGGUGUGUGGCGGAGGAGCCAGAGUACCGCUGCCCCUGCAUCCUGGAUGGCGUGGGCGGCAGCAAGUGUGAGAUCCAGCACGAGGCCUUCUGCCCCAACCAGUGCAACGGCCACGGCGAGUGCCAGCUGGGCUUCUGCAAGUGCCACGAGGGCUGGUGGGGCCACGACUGUGCCUACCGCACCGCCGGCACGCCCUGGACCCCGGGCAUGGAGGAGGGCGAGCGGCCGUGGCUGAAGCCCUUUGUGCACACGCCGGCGGCGCGGGAGCCCGCGGAGGGCGCCACGCGCAGGCGCCCGCUCAUCUACGUGUACGAGCUGCCGCCCAUGUACAAUGCACUGAUGCUGCAGUACCGUGUGGCCAAGGACGACUGCACCCACCGCGUGUUCAACGAGCAGAACGAGUCCUACACCCCCUUCCUAUGGCUCUAUCAGCCCGAGACGGGCAUCCACGAGAUGCUGCUGCAGAGCGAGCACCGCACGCUGGACCCGGAGGAGGCAGACUACUUCUAUCUCCCCGUCUACGCCAGCUGCGCCAUCUGGCCCGUCCUGUACUCGAACGACUUUCCUUACUUCCACGGCGGGCCCGCCGCCCAGCGCACCCACGGAGCCACAAACAUGUUCAUGGAGGUGCAGAGCUGGGUGCGUUCGCACUUCCCGUACUGGGACCGCAACGGAGGCAGGGACCACAUCGUGCUGACGGUGCACGACGAGGGCUCCUGCUGGCUGCCCGCCGUGCUGCGCCCCGCCAUUGUCAUGUCGCACUGGGGCCGCACAGACGUCAACCCGCCGGCCGGCACGGGGUACGAUGCCGACACGUACUCCAAUGAAGUGAGGCACCCGGUGUGGCAGCCAGAGGGCCACUUGAGCAAGCUGGGAGAGUUCCCCUGCUACGAUCCCUCCAAGGUAACUUACAUAUUGGGCGGGCGCAUCCAGCCCGAGAACGCACGGUACAGCCGCGGUACCCGCCAGUUCCUGGCCAACAUCUCGGAGGCGGAGGGCUGGUGGGACAAGUACCGUAUACACGUGGGGGCGGGGUCGCCGCCGGGCGGCCCCGGCGACUACUCUGAGUGCAUGGCGAGGUCGGUGUUCUGCCUGGCGCUCAUGGGCGACGGCUACUCGUCACGCUUCGACGACGCCGUGCUGCACGGCUGCAUCCCGGUCAUUGUGCAGGACGGCAUCGAGCUGACCUGGCACUCGCUGCUGGACAUCCCCGCCUACUCGCUGCGCGUGCCGCAGGCGGACAUGGCCCGCAUACCACAGAUACUGCAGGCGGUACCGCAGGAGGACAUCGCCCGCAUGCAGGCCAACCUGGCCAAAGUGUGGCGCAGGCACAUCUGGACGGGGUACCGUCCGUAUGGGGAGCAGGUAAAGGCCAUGCUGGCCGAGCGGCGGCAGUCGGCGGAGCAGUAUGCGGUGCUGUCGCAGCCGGCGCCGCUGGCAGACUACGACCCGGCUGAGGACGAUGCACUGGCCACGCUCAUGCAGUGGCUCUACUCGCGGCUGGAUGACUUGGGGGCGCAUGCGCCGCCGCCCAAGCCCGGGGCGGCGCCCAAGAAGGCGGCGAAGGCCAAGGCGGCGGGGAGCGAGGAGGACGAGGCGGCGGCAGAGGCGGAACAGUUCAGGCUGAAGGAGGAGGGCGCAGAGCAAGGGGCGGAGGGCGGCAAGGAGGAGGGCGGCGCAGAGGAAGCUUAG